UCCAGGCACCUAUUGUUCCUCUAAGUAAACUUACAGACAGAUGCCCUGCACCGCAGUGUGGGAGAGAGCCCAGAGAGUCAGGAGGAGGGAGACUUUUAGCGAUCACAGAGAGAAACCAGACAAUAAGGACCGGGAAAUCCUGAAGGCAACCCUCAUCUCCAGCUUCUCUGCAUCCUCCUCCUUCUUCACGAGCGCCUCCCGCUUGUGUGUUUGCUGUCUCUGUUGAGCGGAGGUCUGAUGUUCUGACACCAUGAUGCUGCUCAUUUCACUGCUGCUUAUGGGACUUGGCUGCUUGCUGGGAGCUCCAGCAGGUCGAGAAGUGUACAGGAUGCCCCAGAGUGCACUCAAAGCUCUGUCUGAUCGUGGCACCGUGGUUCUUGAGGCGGCUAUGACUAGUGCUCUUUCCGCUCUCGAUCGUGCCUCAUCAGAGAGGAGUCGGGCUGAAACCAGCUGCCGGGGCUGUGUCCCCUGUUUGUUUCAGGACUGUGGUCAACUGUCCGGCUCCUGCUCGUCUCCGUCCAAUGCCUUACUAGAGCCCAGCUGUGAUGUCAUCAGCAAGGCCCAGAAGCUUCAGGACGAAGCUGAGCGGAGUUGGGCGCUGAGUCAGGCCUGUGCGUACUAUCAGCAUCGCUGUCCAGCGGGCGAACUGGACAAGGAGAGCUGCAUCAGGAUCAUGGGUGAGAGCUGCAGUGCCCGAGUCCUCCAGUGCAGCCUGCUGAACACCAUGCAGAACCUGGAACCUGCUACUCAGACGCAUGCACAGGCAGUUUGUGGUCAGAGAUCAUCCAGGGUACAAAACAUCACACAGCCUCGCUCCAGGAUUGUGGGGGGCUCUCCUGCUCCUCUGGGCAGCUGGCCCUGGCUGGUCAACCUCCAGCUGGACGGUGGCCUGAUGUGUGGAGGGGUCCUGGUGGACAGCUCCUGGGUGGUGACGGCUGCUCAUUGCUUUGCUGGCAGCCGCAGUGAGAGCUACUGGACAGCCGUGGUGGGGGAGUUUGACAUCACCAAGACUGAUCCUGAUGAGCAGAUCCUCAAAGUUAACCGAAUCAUCCCUCAUCCUAAGUUCAACUCAAAGACAUUUAACAAUGACAUAGCUCUGGUGGAGCUGACGUCCCCGGUGGUUUUGUCCGACCAUGUCACUCCAGUGUGUCUCCCCUCUGGCAUGGACCCCCCUACAGGCAGUCCCUGUCUAGUGGCAGGCUGGGGCUCCCUCUAUGAGGAUGGCCCAUCUGCUGAUGUGGUGAUGGAGGCCAAAGUGCCCCUGCUGCCUCAGAGCACCUGUAAGAGUGCCCUCGGCAAAGAACUGGUCACCAAUACUAUGCUGUGUGCUGGCUAUCUCUCCGGAGGCAUAGACUCCUGUCAGGGAGAUUCCGGAGGCCCUCUGAUCUACCAGGACAGAAUCUCAGGUCGGUUCCAGCUCUACGGCAUCACCUCCUGGGGAGACGGCUGUGGGGAGAAGGGGAAACCUGGAGUCUACACACGGGUUUCUGCUUUCUCGGACUGGAUUCAGGCGGAGAUACAAAAGUCAUUUGGAAGCAGGGAGCCAACAUGUCCAGAGCUUCUAAAGACAACAGAAAUGACAGAAGAGGAGCAGAGGUCCGAGUUCAGCUCUCUUUGUCGCUUCUACACACUGACAUGCCCCUCUGGUCAGUCCAUCAGCGCCUGCAACCGAAUGGCUGAGGACAAGUGUCUGACCCGCUUCAAGAAAUGUCAGCUGCGUUCGUUCCUGCAGACCCUGCUGGACCUGCUGCAGAGGGCUGAGGACUACAUCAGGGAUAAAGUCGACUUGACCUUCUUCACCCAGACUCUUCCUCAGCUGGUGGAGCACAUCUACAACACAGCUUUCGCUCACACCCGAGAAAGGAGGGACCUGAGUGGUGGUCUCACUCACAUUAAAGAACAGCUAGGUGGAGCUGUGGUGCCAGUAGAGCAGGGCCCUUCUCCUGCUCUCCCAGCUUUAUUCAGAGAGGUGGGACCCUCAGUGGAUGAGUGGGAGAAAUACCUGAGAAACAUGGCGGAAGAUCUGGACAAACAACACUCUGACACAUCUACAGACAUCUCCUCCCAACCUGCAAGACAGGAGAACACGCUUUUCUUACAGAUGGAGGACUCCUCCGUACAUCAGCUGGAGGGAGAAUUCCGAUCUGUUAUCUCAGCUCUGCGUUCAAAAUUGGACUCCAGAGCUGCGCCUCCCAUCAUGCACUUGGACACCGUCUACCUCCUGGAGGAGUCUCCCAGCAAUCCUCCUUUUCCAACAUCUUCCACUGGAACACCAGCCCACCCAGGCCACUCCUCCUCCUCCUCUUCCUCUUCCUCAACCUCCUCCUCCCAGGAGCCCCGGCAGCAGCCUUGGUCACUUCUAACAGCCCUGAUGAACGAAAUGGAACAAUUAAGCUCACAUGAUGAAAUUGUGACAGACGAUGCAUCUGAUAGUGACACCUCUUUCAAUGAAGACAUGCCUCUGGAUGAACAUUUUGGAGCAGCGUUAGAGGAUAUUACGUUCGUUGAGAACGGGGGGCGAGAAAAACUAAAAUCUACAGCAUUGUCGCUUCAAGUGCAGUCAACCACUGCGGUUCAGCCGGUCACUGAUGGGGCUCACACAGAGACGACCACUGAGCGCAGACAAACUGUGCGUGCUGUAAAAAGUCCAAAUAGAAAAUACAGGAGCCUUCUUCGCAAGAGGCAGAUACCUGGGGCAAUCGGGAAAAUUUGUCCUGGAGUAAGAGAGUCCUCACAGCAAGUCAGCCAAGUCAGAGACUCGUACAGCUGGGUCUUAAGCAUCCCAAACAAGAACCUACGCAUGAGCUUCCAAGAGGUGUUAGUUGAUCUGAGCUCAAAGAACGAGCGAGGACUUUACCAGGCGCGGGUCAGAGCAGUAGUAGGCGGACGACCUUUGACCUUCUACAGUCUUGUCGGCCUGGAGAACGAGUCAUUUUACCGUAGUGUGCCAAGGAUCAUCGCAUUGGCUCUGGAAGCACUGAAGACUUGACUCCAUCAGAAAAACAAGUGAGAUGAACAAAUAUAAUAAAGACUGAACCGAGAGAUGAAGGGACAAAGACUCUCGAAAAGACUUGUUUAAAAAGCACCAGAAAAGCCUCGUCUUGUGACAGAGAUGCACAGAAAAACGCACACUCACACAAACUUUACUUCUCCUGCCGACUCCUGUGAAAGCAUUCUCUUCCCAGUCCAAGAGCCUGACGUCGUCUAGAUGAAAACACAACCAUGAAUGUAUCAAUCCAUCUAUCGAACACCCAUCAUGCUGCAGGAUUUUUUUUUUAUGUGGUUGGAGAAGCAGCCCUGUCUAACUUAUGAACCUGUACAAAAUGAUAAGUUAUUCAUUAUGUCUUUUGCAAAGGUUGAGCCUCUUGUGAAGCACACAGACUGUAUAUGUUAUUCCAUAUUUAUUUGUAUAGAGAAAAACAUUUGUAUUUUUGUAUUAAAAAAAAAAACCUUCAUACAAAUAAAAAUGUUAUUAAUGCUA